AUGUUCCGAGAAAUGGUGCCUGUUCAUCCCCUCAAAUCUCUCUUUCUCUUGCCCUUUCUCUCCUUAUUCCUCCUUCAUUUAAUAUUUCUAUUCCUCUUUUGUCUCUCUCCAUCACACCCUAUCAGUCACUAUAUUUAUGAGAUUUGCACUCUCUCAAACAUAUUCUCUUACUCGCUUUCUCUCGUUUCUUAUUUGAAUAAGGCUACCAUUUGCACACACACACUUUCCUCUCUCUAUCUCUUUCAUUGUGUUUCUCUUGCAGAAUCUGAUUUGAACGCACACACACACGCACAUGCGAUAUCACUCACAUUCCCUGUCUCUCUGUCUGACUGUCUGCUUCUAUCUAUCUAUCUAUCUAUCUAUCUAUCUAUCUAUCUAUCUAUCUAUGUGCAAAUUUCCUUAGUAUCAGACACCAAUUUUAUUUCCUUUUGCCAUUCUCUCAUUUACAAAUCAUUUUCAUUUCUUCACACUCUCCCACGGGAUAGCGCCCUUUACUACCCUGUAGAGAUGCGUAGAGAUUUGGGGAAGAUGAUUUCCUGCAGGUCAAUGGACGGCCGGGGUCAGUUAGUUCGCCGACGAACCCAAGUUGCUAUGUAG